AUGUCAUGGCCAGGAGCUGCGCUGGACGCUGCUUCGCUUCCUGAGCUCCUCGGCGCGUCCUGCCUGUCCCGUGAGUGCCGUAGGGCUCAAUGCGGCGCUGAGGAGGGAACAUCUGCGCCGGGAUCCCCGGGAGCAGUGCUGGCCAUCCACGGUCUGCGCUGUCGGUGUUUCGAGCCGCUGUCUCUUGGUGAGACGGAGUGGAUGGGUGCCAGGUCUCCAUUCAGAACCCAGCCAGAACAGACCCUGAAAGGGACAAAGCCACGCAAAUUUCAAGGCCAGGAUACAGUGAAAAAAGCAGACACUGCGGCUGCCCUGCAAGCCAUUUUCCAAGGUUUGAAGGACACCAACGCUUCAGAUGCCUUGGUCCUCGACGGUGAAGGUGAAGACUUGUCGCUGCUGGAGGCAGAUUCGCUGAGGAUCGCCUCUUUCCAUGGCAUGACCGGUGCAAGCCAAGACGCCAAGCGCGCCCGGCGCGAGCAUCGACCGCCCACCACGUCCGCGGUACAGGACUUCCCCCUGGCCACAGCGACACCGGUGCAUCGAAUGGCGCAGGGGAAUGGCAAUGAGGUGAGUGUGGAAGAGUUACUCCAGGCCCCGACGGCCCGACAGCGUCAGCUGAUCGAUCAGGGAGACGAACUUCGACAGCUUCUAGCCGAGCCGACGGCGCGGCAGAGCUUCACUGCACAGAAAUUCAUGAAUAAGAGUCAAAGCAUGGCGCAAUUCUGCGCCCACGGCAGCCGCGACGACUGCCGAGCUGCCAGCGGCUUCAUGUCUGCCUGUGCCAAGAUCCAUUUCCGCAAGGUCAUCAAACCCUGGACCGACGAGUCGUCCCUCAGCGAAGAUUGGGCAUGA